AUGGACACUGAAGUCGACUCUCCCCUCCCCCUUGGCGCCAGGCAUACGACGAUAGCUAGUGAACUACACGAGCUGGUGAACGUCGACAUCAAAUCAAACAUCGCAGAGCUUGCAGCCAUGUUGUUUACUCGCAGUGUCUCUUUGACCAACUUCGUCGUCGCCUCCUCUGCCUUGGGAUUCCAGGUGUUCGUUCUAUAUCCAUGGCACAAACAGCUUGACGAUGCAUUCGAAGACCUGAAAAAGGAACACCGUAAGGUUCUGCAUGGCGAGGCUUCUCGGAUGGACGAGCUGAAGAGGAUCCGGGAGCAGCUUGCUGAGCUUCAGAAGAAGAGAUGGCUUUGA